UGUUUUCAGUUCAUUUGUUGUUGAAGUCGAUUCCGAAGAUGGGUUAUUUUAUAAAGACUUUUCUUGCCACAGUUGCAAUCAUAGCAACUGUAAACGUUGCUUUUGCAAAUGACGAUAGAAUUACGAUUUUUGGAGAUGUGAAACCAGGUGCUACCGUUUUCCACAAAGCGGAAAUUGUCGAGCCUAAGAAGUUAUUGCGCGUCGUUAAAAAGACAGUCUUCUUUAAACCCCAAGCCCACAAAAUAGACGCAAUAAGGAUCACCGAUAACAGUGGCCACAAAGGCGGUACUCCUGCAUUGCUCGAUGGAGGUCCAGGUACUAAUUAUGCCAAGAUUCAGUUCCAAUCUAACCGAAAUCAUCCUCUGAACUUUACUUUGGAGUACUUAGGUGCCCCUCCUAGUGCAUUUUACUAUUCUCAGAAAAUUUAAAAGCCUUUUUCAAUCAAAAAAAGUGGCUUUAUUCAUUUCAAUACAAUAAAUACAACUAUUGUUUGCUUUUGUAAA